AUGAAGUCAGUCAAUAAGCUGGUUGAUGUGUGCCUAACUCAUUAUAUUUACCUAGUUAGUAAGUUGAAACCCCUUGUUUAUUUACAGUUGGCAACAUACCUGUCCAAUUUGAAAUGUGGGUUAUUGUCCCUAACCAGAAAUGUGAAUCUCUAUAUUGUCUCUGUUCUUCAUCCCUCAGGAGCUCGAGGCGAUGACCAGAUACACCAGUCCGGUGAACCCGGCAGUCUUCCCCCACCUCACGGUGGUCCUACUGGCUAUCGGGAUGUUCUUCACCGCGUGGUUCUUUGUGUAUCCUUCCGUGGUCGUCUAUCUUCAUAGUGACCGUUUUUGUGUUGACUGUGAAUCAGUGGUCUUCAGGCCCGGGGAGUGGAGACACUGAACAUGUAGGCUUUUGUUCCAGCCCAGUAUUAACGCACCAAUGUCAACUAAUACACCCUGUGGGUCGCUACGACUUAGGAUUGAAGAACAGGGAUUGAUGUUGUACAUAGAAUGCCACCUCAAGUGAAAUACAUGGAUUGACUGAAGUAGCAACAGGCAGAGAUUUGGAAUAAACUUCCUUAAUAAACCUGACAAUCAAUUUUGUGACUGAACAAGAAUUGAUGUGGAAUAGAAGCUGUUGGUGAGUCUUGAUGUGGAAUAGAAGCUGUUGGUGAGUCUUGAUGUGGAAUAGAAGCUGUUGGUGAGUCUUGAUGUGGAAUAGAAGCUGUUGGUGAGUCUUGGUGUGGAAUAGAAGCUGUUGGUGAGUCUUGGUGUGGAAUAGAAGCAGUUGGUGAGUCUUGGUGUGGAAUAGAAGCUGUUGGUGAGUCUUGAUGUGGAAUAGAAGCUGUUGGUGAGUCUUGGUGUGGAAUAGAAGCUGUUGGUGAGUCUUGAUGUGGAAUAGAAGCUGUUGGUGAGUCUUGAUGUGGAAUAGAAGCUGUUGGUGAGUCUUGGUGUGGAAUAGAAGCUGUUGGUGAGUCUUGGUGUGGAAUAGAAGCUGUUGGUGAGUCUUGGUGUGGAAUAGAAGCUGUUGGUGAGUCUUGGUGUGGAAUAGAAGCUGUUGGUGAGUCUUGGUGUGGAAUAGAAGCUGUUGGUGAGUCUUGGUGUGGAAUAGAAGCUGUUGGUGAGUCUUGGUGUGGAAUAGAAGCUGUUGGUGAGUCUUGAUGUGGAAUAGAAGCUGUUGGUGAGUCUUGAUGUGGAAUAGAAGCUGUUGGUGAGUCUUGGUGUGGAAUAGAAGCUGUUGGUGAGUCUUGGUGUGGAAUAGAAGCUGUUGGUGAGUCUUGGUGUGGAAUAGAAGCUGUUGGUGAGUCUUGAUGUGGAAUAGAAGCUGUUGGUGAGUCUUGGUGUGGAAUAGAAGCUGUUGGUGAGUCUUGAUGUGGAAUAGAAGCUGUUGGUGAGUCUAAAUAUUCACAUAGGGAUACUGUACACUACUGUAGGGGAAUGUGUUGGCAAUAAGUCCCUUUUCUUUUUUUUUUAGAAAGACUGGAUAUAACUGUUGGUCUCUUGUGUACCAUUAUGUUUUGCACCUUAACUCUCUCCCAGCUACGAAGUGACGUCUACUAAAUACACCAGGGACGUGUACAAAGAGCUGCUCAUCUCCCUGGUGGCGUCUCUCUUCAUGGGCUUUGGAGUGCUGUUUCUGUUACUGUGGGUCGGCAUCUAUGUCUGACAGGUAAGGAAACAAUCACGGAGACUUACGCUGCAUUCAUGAAAAGUCGGAACUUCUGAGUUGAACAUUUUCUUUUGUGGAGCUUCCUAUCGGGUAUUAUCUUUUUACAAUGAGUUUCCAAGUCGGACAUUUCUCAGUUUCCUAGUUCCGACACUCAUUCGCCAUAGUGUUUCAUGUCUAUGAUCCCUGCGUGUGUCCUGUUACAGAUUGUUAUAUUGCCAAAUGAUACAGAAGAACAUUCCAAUGGAACAGGAGAAGGACAUCAUGAAGUGGCUCCACCACAGACAGAAGAUGGACUGCACUGACAAGAGGGUGGGGACGAUGUGGAUUGGGGUUGCCUUUCACUAAAUAAAGAGACAUUUGUACAAAA